AUGAACAUCGGCCGAUUCCUCAUCGUCUUCGCCUCCGCGCUCUUCUGCGUCAACGCAGUGAGCAUUGACCACAAUAUAGUGCAGCCGCUCGCCCAGCCAGAGCCCGCCACCGUCUCCGAGGAGGAGCCGAGAAGGCUGCGCUCAAGUUCAAGCCCCGACUGCGGAUGCCUUUCAUUCCCGGCUGUGAACGCAGCUGGAGAGACCAGCGAAGGACUGAAGGGGAACUGGGGCAGUGAAGGGUGUGAGUCUGCUCCGUUGGGGUCGCGGGUCUAUGGCCGCGCUACCUGGCACAACGACGUCUGGGCCAUCAUGUACGCCUGGUACUUCCCCAAGGGCUUGUGGGACGGCGAUACGUACUGGAGCGACGACUGGGGCAGCACCGUCGUGUGGAUCGACAAUCCCGCGGAGCUCUCUGUUUCCUUUGCUAACGGAACAACCCCAACUCUUUCUCGCGUGCUCCCGGGGCCCACCAGGACAAGGCUCCAGCUCAACGAUGAGGCCCCUUUCGGUGACUUCCAAGACCUCAUCACGUGGACGCAACUCACGGAUGCAGCGCGAGAGGCGCUCAACAACCCGGAGAACUUUGGCCGCGCUGACGUCCCCAUCAGCGACGCCAAUUUUCCAGAGUGGCGUGGCCGUUUGAGGCUGAGCUGA